CAGAUUUGCAACCAACAUAAUGCUGAAGCUCCCAACUUGGAACAAGCAUUUCACAGGAUGGCGCAAACAGAACCUAAUCUGGACCAUGACGUAUCAUGGUUCAUCCUUCCAUCAUACUGGGCUAAAAUGGUUGUGGCAUUAAUUUCCUUCCUCUGUUUUGCUAACAGCUAUGAUGGAGAUUUUGUCUUUGAUGAUUCUGAAGCCAUCAUCAAUAAUAAGGACCUCAGGGCAGAAACCCCACUUGGUGACCUGUGGCAUCAUGACUUUUGGGGUAGCAAACUCAGCAGCAAUACCAGUCAUAAGUCAUAUCGACCACUAACUGUCCUAACUUUCAGAAUUAAUUACCUUUUUGCUGGAGGCUUCUACCCAGUUGGUUUUCAUGUCAUCAAUAUAAUACUGCAUUGUACUAUCUCAGUGUUGAUGGUUGAUGUAUUCUCAAUAUUAUUGGGUGGACUGCAGUUCAGUAAUAAAGGAAGAAGGCUAAACCUGGCUCCAAAGACAUCUCUUCUAGCUGCUUUGCUGUUUGCUGUACAUCCAGUGCACACCGAAUGUGUUGCUGGGAUUGUUGGCAGAGCAGACCUGCUGUGUGCCCUGUUCUUUUUGUUGUCAUUCCUUGGCUACUGUAAAGCAUUUAGAGAAAAUAAGGAAGGACAUAAUUUUUCUAUAUUCUGGGUGUUGGUGAGUGUUAUCCUAGGCGCAAUAGCCAUGCUGUGCAAAGAACAAGGAAUUACAAUACUGGGUUUGAAUGCAGUGUUUGAUGCACUGGUGAUUAACAAGCUAAAUGUUUUGGAGCUUAUUCAAAGGUUACUGCAUAAGGACAAGUCAUUGGAGAAUGCUGGUCUGAUAAGGAAGGGGCUGCUUUUCAGGAUAACUCUUCUGAUGUCUGGAGGGGCCAGUAUACUUUAUAUACGCUGGAGGAUUAUGGGCACAGGGCCUCCGGCUUUCACUGAAGUAGACAACCCAGCUUCAUUUGCUGACAGUUUGUUUGUGAGAGCUAUAAACUAUAAUUACUACUAUUCAUUGAAUGCAUGGUUGCUGUUGUGUCCCUGGUGGCUGUGUUUUGAUUGGUCAAUGGGCUGCAUACCCCUCAUUAAAUCUGUCAGCGACUGGAGGAUAAUUGCACUUGCAGCACUUUGGUUCUGCCUAAUUGGUCUGAUAUGCCAAGCUCUGUGCUCAGAAGACAGCCAUAAGAGAAGAAUUCUUACACUGGGACUUGGAUUUCUUAUUAUCCCUUUUCUUCCUGCAAGUAAUCUGUUCUUCCGAGUAGGAUUUGUUAUUGCAGAGAGAGUUAUCUACCUCCCCAGUAUUGGAUAUUGUAUUCUGUUUACAUAUGGAUUUAGUCUCUUGAGUAAGCAAGCCAAGAAAAAGAAAAUUCUUGCUGUGGCAGUACUUGGCAUCUUGUUGAUAAAUGUUAUGCGCUGUGCACUCCGCAGCAGUCAGUGGAGGUCAGAAGAACAGCUUUUUAGGAGUGCACUCUCUGUGUGCCCUCUGAAUGCAAAAGUGCACUACAAUGUUGGCAAAAACCUGGCUGACAAAGGAAAUCAGAGUGCUGCAAUCAAAUACUACAGAGAAGCUGUAAGGUUGAAUCCUAAAUAUGUACAUGCCAUGAACAACCUUGGAAAUAUUCUGAAAGAAAGAAAUGAGCUCCAAGAAGCAGAGGAGUUGCUGUCUUUAGCUGUACAAAUACAACCUGAUUUUGCUGCUGCAUGGAUGAAUCUAGGAAUAGUACAGAACAGUUUAAGAAGGUUUGAAGAGGCAGAGCAAAGCUACUGGACAGCAAUUAAACACAGGAAAAAAUACCCAGAUUGUUACUACAAUUUAGGGCGGUUGUACGCAGAUUUGAAUCGCCAUAUAGAUGCCUUGAAUGCAUGGAGGAAUGCUACAGUUCUGAAACCAGAGCAUAGUUUGGCUUGGAACAAUAUGAUUAUAUUGCUUGAUAACACAGGCAAUCUAGCUCAAGCAGAAGCAGUUGGAAGAGAGGCCCUGGAAUUAAUACCUAAUGAUCAUUCCCUUAUGUUUUCAUUGGCAAAUGUACUGGGGAAAUCACAAAAAUAUAAGGAAUCUGAAGCUUUGUUUCUGAAGGCAAUUAAAGCCAAUCCAAAUGCUGCCAGUUAUCAUGGUAAUUUGGCUGUGCUUUAUCAUCGCUGGGGAAAUCUUGACUUGGCAAAGAAGCACUACGAGGUCUCUCUGAAGCUUGAUCCUAUGGCACCCGGGACCAAGGAAAACUACAACCUCCUAAGAAGAAAACUGGAGCAGUUGCAAAAGAAAGGCGGUGCCUGA